AUGACAGGCAAGCACGCUGGUCACAGUUUUUCGGCCGAUUCAAUUACACUCUCUGAUGCUCUUUCGCGGAUCUUCUCCGAGGAACCCACUACGAGACCAACUGCAGAGACCAUCCUACCCCCGAACCGCAUCUUUGGGAUGGUAACUUGGGAAAUCGAGGGCCUGGCCAGGACGGCCCUAUGGUCUGACCCUGGUCCCGGAAACGGACCCCCCAAAAGACUUUUUGUCCCGCAACCCUUAAGGAGCAAGGUACUCGACUGGGCACAUUCAAGUCUGUUUACAUGUCAUCCCGGAAUCCACAGAUCACUAUCAUUCAUUCGACGCCACUUCUGGUGGCCUUCCACGGAGGCGGAUACUCGCAAGUUUAUCGCCGCCUGCUGCAUCUGCUCCCGGAACAAGGCAAACCACAGCCCUCCUGCUGGACUCUUACAUCCUCUUCUAAUCCCGAGUCGACCUUGGUCCCACAUCGCUUUUGACUUCAUUACUGGACUUCCCCCCUCUAAUGGUAACACCACAAUCCUCACCAUAAUCGACAGGUUUUCCAAGGCAGCCCAUUUUAUACCCUUGCCCAAACUCCCAUCCUCGGCCGAGACCACUGAACUGCUGGUUCAGCAUGUGCUAGCACCACGUUUUGUUGGACCUUAUACGGUCAGAUCCAGGGUCAAUCCUGCCGCAGUUUGCCUGGAUCUCCCUCAUUCUCAUUCUUAUGUCUCAGGUCAGACCAGUUCACUGUCGCCACCCAUCCCCGCCCCUCCUCCGCCUAGGGUCCUCAAGGAUGGGGACCAGGUGUGGACCGUCAGGGAAAUUCUCCAGGUCCGACGACGGGGAAGAGGAUGGGUCUACCUCGAGGAUUGGGAGGGCUAUGGACCUGGGGACAGAUCAUGGGUCCCGGCUUCUUACAUCGCCGAUCCCUCUCUUAUUGAGGAUUUUUACCGAACUCACCCUGAGGCACCCCGAAGCUCGUCGGGAGUCUUGCAUAAAGGGGGGGUGGAGGUCCUGUUAUGGGUCACUCUUCUGCUGCAUCUCCUUCUGUUGCGUGCCCUGACGAGCGCGCCGCAGGCCACGUCCACGGGCGUUCUCUAUCCGCUGCGAGCGCGCUUCCGCGCGGCUGCAGACGCUCAGCAAUCAACACACCUGUCCGUGAUGAGCGAUCAGCCUUCAUAAGCCAGCGCAACCUGAGAUCCGACGCCAGAAAGUAGCUUCUCGUACCCAGUACAGUCCCUGUUGUCCUUCCUUGUCGUCGAGUUGUGUCUCGUCACUUUGGACCCCCUGUGGAUUCCCCCUUGCCUUCCUGGACUUCGACCUCACGCCUGCCUUCUGACCACGACGUCACGCUUCUGUCCUUGACCAUCCGCCUGUCCUCCGACGAUCGUGCCCUAAUUGGACUUCCGCCUGGAUCUCAACACGCACCAUCAACACCCUCUGACACCCACGCUCAGAUAAGUCUCUCACUUAGUCACAUUACAUCUCUUUGGGUUAAUUACACACCGCACGUACAUACUAAGUUGUCAAUAAACACGCUGACAGCUAA